AUGGUUGAGGAGCAGGAAACUCUCGCUCGACCGACCCGACGCACCUCUCUUACUGGCUUUGUACCAAUCCUAAGUCUCACGAGCCGUCCAAGAGGAAACUCAGAUGCAACAAUAGCAACACCAGCAGCACUAACACUUACACGCCCACAAGCAGCACACAUUGGCGGGCCGAAUGACUCAACUGUACAACGACCCAUCCACUUUAUGCGUGUACCCUCAUUCAACCCUCCAGCCUUCUCAGAAAUAGAACCACCACCACCUUUAAAAACGCCACCCCCUCUUUACGAAACAACUGUAUCGCCUUCAAGUGGUUUAGCAGAUUACUUCUCUCGCUUAUCAGAAGCAUACGACUCCGACAGUGAUCCCGAGCGCAACGACCGCGCGCGCGUUGAGAUACCCCUGACGCCUGGUGGUCGCACAAAUAGGAGUAUGGACGAAAGGAGGAUCUGA